AUGGUGAUGCUUGCUGAGCUGCUGGUGUUCCUGGCCGCCAUCCUGGCCAUGGCCUCGGACUACUUCGUCAGCACUGACGCGCAUGCAGAGGAGUGCUUCUUCGAGCAGGUCACCUCGGGCACCAAGAUGGGCCUCAUCUUUGAGGUGGCUGAGGGCGUCUUCCUGGACAUCAACGUGGAGAGUACAGGGCCUGAUAGUAAAGGAAUUUAUAAAGGAGACUGGGAGUCCAGUGGGAAAUACACAUUUGCUGCUCACAUGGAUGGAACACGUAAGUUUUGUUUUAGCAAAAUGAUGUCCAACAUGACUCCAAAAAUAGUGAUGUUCACCAUUGAUAUUGAGGAGGCCCCCAAAGGACAAGACAUGGAAACAGAAGCUCACCAGAACAAGCUAGAAGAAAUGAUUAAUGAGCUCACAGUGGCGAUGACAGCUGUAAAGCAUGAACAGGAAUACAUGGAAGUUCGGGAGAGAAUACACAGAGCAAUCAAUGACAGCACAAACAGCAGAGUGGUCCUUUGAUCCUUCUUUGAAGCUCUUGUUCUAGUUGCCAUGACAUUGGGACAGAUCUACUAC